GGUAAUUAAUCUUCAUUGGGGGCACAUUAUAAUCCGGAAGUGAUCAGUUGUUACUUGGCAACCGCAAAACAGUGACACAUACAUAAACGAAAAAUACAAACAAUAAUUCCGUCACUGCAUCGUAAAUAAAGAAGUAUGUCUGACCAACAAAAUAUGGCUACACAGCAGAGUGCCACAGCAACAGGCAAAACAUCUGACUACUACAGAACAAGCGAUAUACCAAACAGAUUUGAAAACCCAGAUUGGUUCCAAGGUUAUGGUGGUAAAAACCAGCAUCCUAUGUACCGCACCAGCGCAGCCACCUAUGGUGCCAAAAAACCAUCUGUUCACACAAUGCCAACAUCCUUUCAUUGUCGGUCACAGAAAUUCUCAGAGCACUUAGGAAAAUGCGGCAUGUACAGAAAUCAUUCUCUCAACACAGCGCUUGAUAACAGCAAAGUUUAAUGACAAUUUCUCCAUCUUGAAGAAAAAACUUGUGAAAUCAUGUUUAAGAAAAAAAUCAUGAAAAUCAGUUAACCAGUGAACAAAAAAAUGUAAACAUUUUAUGUUAAACCUUAUUGUUUUGUUGAAAUAAAUUUAAGUUUAUCAAA